CCUGGGAGCUUCGUUAGAAUGAGAUCUUCAAAGUGAGGGAGGCUUCUAGCGGCUCUGCGCUUCGGGGGGGGUGGAAGAAUGCUGUAUUGGCAUGGAAACGGGUGAAGCUAGCCGCCAGCCGCUAGCCGCACGCACGUUAAGACUGAGAAUUCAACUGGAUGCGAUGCAGCUCGGUGCAGGAGGGAGACUCCAAGUUGCACCCGCGACCACCCCUGCCUCGCACAGUGCAUGAAAGGGGGAUGCAAAGUAUGGGGUUCGGUGCAACAGAGGAGAGUGAUAACACGAAGCAGAUCUCGGGCGGCAGAGAUCAUGCGUUCGCCUUCUACUGAUGAACACCGAACACUUUCAUUGCCAAGGGAGUCGGCUGCAUGAGUGUAUGGAGCUCACACGGUUUAAAAUGAAGACUGGUUAAUCGGUUUGUGGGAAGCAAAAAGUUAUGGAGCAUCAAGGGGUGGUCGCCGCUUCGCCGAGAGCUGCCUGAACUCGGAUUUGCACCCUGUGGCCGUUCACUGGAGCCGGCGGACUGAAUGUGGGGAAGCAGCUUUCAGUUUUGCUUCGAGGUCGCUGCAGCUGUCGGAGUGGCACCCUGGGGAGUCAUGGCCCCGGAGGGUCCCCAAGAACCGAGAGACAUCCGCACCAACCCGGAGAAGGUUAAGAGGAAGGGCCGACCUCGGAGCGUCAAAGAGAUAACUCACACGUUUGUGAAGCAGGCAAAAAUUCACGGGGUUAAGUACAUCUGUUCACAGCACUAUUCACUACACCGUAGGGUCGUUUGGUUUUUGGCCUUUUGCACCUCGUUGGGGUUCCUCAUCUCUUGGUCCUCCAACCGGUUCCUCUACCUGCUCUCUUUCCCGUCCCACACCCGAUUUCACAUGGACUGGACCAAGGAGCUGAACUUCCCCACUCUCACCAUUUGCAACAAUAACCCCAUCCGCUUCUACCAGUUGACCAAAAGUGACCUGUACUACGCGGGCCAGUGGCUGGGGCUCCUCACCGAGAACCGUACAGCCCGGCCCCUGGUCAUUGAGCUCAUUAAGGAAGACCGGCAGCAGUGGUUUCAGAGACUCUCCGAUUUCCGCCUCUUCCUACCGCCCCGCAGUUUUGAGGGGAUCAGCCUGAAUUUCAUGGACCGCUUGGGCCACCAGUUGGAUGACAUGCUUCUAUCUUGCAGAUACCGAGGGGACAUGUGUGGGCCACAGAAUUUUACCUCAGUUUUUACCAGAUAUGGAAAGUGCUACAUGUUUAACUCAGGAAGUGAUGACAAGCCUCUGCUGACCACUGUGCAAGGUGGGACUGGCAAUGGCCUUGAGAUUAUGUUGGACAUUCAGCAGGAUGACUACUUGCCGGUAUGGGGUGAAGCAGAAGACACAACAUUCGAAGCAGGGAUAAGAGUACAGCUCCACACUCAGUCCGAGCCACCAUUUGUACAUGAGCUGGGAUUUGGAGUUGCACCAGGAUUCCAGACAUUUGUUUCCACUCAAGAGCAACGGCUGAUAUACCUGCCACCACCCUGGGGAGACUGCCAAUCUUCAGCUGUCAACACAGACUUUUUUUCAAGCUACAGUAUCACAGCCUGCAGGAUUGAUUGUGAAACCAGGUACCUGGUGGAGAACUGCAACUGUCGGAUGGUGCACAUGCCAGGUGAUGCUCACUAUUGUACCCCUGAGCAAUACAAGGAGUGUGUGGAGCCUACUUUAGCCAUGCUGGCAGAGACAAACAACAACUGUCUUUGCAAAACACCGUGUUAUCUAACUCGAUACAACAAGGAGCUGUCCAUGGUGAAGAUUCCUAGUCGAACCUCUGCAAAAUAUCUUGAAAAGAAAUUUAACAAGACAGAAAAAUACAUUUCGGAGAAUAUUUUAGUGUUGGACGUUUUCUUUGAAGCCCUGAACUAUGAAACUAUUGAGCAGAAGAAAGCAUACGAAGUUGCAGGCUUACUCGGUGACAUUGGUGGCCAGAUGGGUUUAUUUAUUGGUGCUAGCAUUUUAACAAUACUAGAGCUCUUUGAUUACUUAUACGAGGCUGUUUUCUGCAACCUGAUGACUGGCUAUCCUUAUCACUACCUACAGAAGUAUCUGAGGCAAGUCAGAAUUGCACAUGAAGGUUAUGAAGGACAGGUUAAUGGACGUGAUUAAUUUCAAGAAAGGAGAGGAAGAAGCAAGUCACGAUGAUAAUGUGGUAACACUCUCUGUUAAUCUGGACGAGCCACUCAAACAGGACACAAGCUCUUCCCAGCUGAACUAAAUGUGCCACGUGUCUGCCAAACUCUUUCUAAGGAAACUGUUGUUAUUACACACAUAACAGAUUUUGUUGAAUGCAAUAUGAAUGCUUUAUUGCAAGAUGAAGACUUGUAAGAUAUUCCUCGUAAGAUAUGCUGUGAAGCUUUCCAGGCAAGAAGAGGCUUCCUUUCAGAUCUGGAAAGCACAGAGAGAAUUCCUUCUUGUCUGGAGGGCGUAAAACCUGGUCUGCAGUCUUGACAUUUAAUCAGGGCACAAGCUAGUCAAUGCCUUGUGUGCUCCAAAAAUUGAAGUGAUUAAUAAAGAAAACUGUAUGUGUGUUUUUUCAACAACAAAACAAAAACCCUGAAUAGAUGUGCUUAUGAUGGAGGUGAUUGCUGAGAAUGUCACUUCUUGGUUUCUUUCCCUAACAUGUGAGCUUGUGUCACAUUGUUUCGCUUUAUGUAGCGUGCACCCACAAUAGCAGUCCCCUAGGUUAGUUAUGGUGGUAGCCAACAGCAACAGAAUGUAGACCAGCAUUGCCCACACAGUGUAAAACCUUGUCCAUUUUCACCAUAUAUGUUCACUUUAUUCUUCACACUGACACCAUUCAGUUUUUCAGGUAAUAUUCAUCAGAGAUGGGCACAAGAACCAAGAAGCCAGUCACAAUUUAGGUUCCAUAUCAGUUGGCCUAUCCCCUUAAGUACUGUUCUGCUACUGAGAAAUAUCAGUUUUAACAAAGUUCACUAAUACAGAGAAAUAACUGGUUUGUCCCGUGCUUGAAGAUCAUGACACAGCAAUGAACCUGUCAAAUGGAUGAAAGGCUUCUUGAUGAGUAACAUCACAUAGAUUUGAAACAGAGUGACAAGGGAGUCCUUUGUACCCAAGCAUGUUCCUAUCAUCGCCGUUCCAGAUUAGGAUGUGAAGUGUUUCAUCAAAUCUUAGCAGCACUAAAUGCUGAGAUCCCUGAUGUAACACCCAUAAUAGGGCCUGGGAACAGGUUUUCCCAGAAUGACCUUUACAGGAAUAGCAAUUUACUGAAAUAACCCACAGAAUAGCAAUGGUGAUCACUGUUGUGGCCUCUUCACCCAGCAAAGAAUAAGUCAGGGGUCUUUUACUAAAAGAUACAACUGUACUUGUCAAAUGGUGAAGAAAUGUUCUGUUUCUACUUAGAUUAACAGUGCUGCAGUGCUGGUGAGAGAAAGUUUCUGAUUCGUAAUUGUUAAUUCAUUCAUCCAUACAAACCCACAUCUUUCAACAGUAAAUUACUAAGACAUUAGCUGGCAGUGAGGUUUGCUCAUAUAAUUUAUUUCUUUGUGUACUUAAAAGAAAUGUGGAUGUGUGUCUCGAAUAAAGAAUACAUGAAACAGUUGCAGUCCAACAAAGAUUUCAGCCCUGCAAAUUGUCCCUGUAUUUUGCAACAUUCAAAUUGCAGAUAUUGUCUAACCAUUCUUGCAGAGAUGGUUCUGGUGCUAAUAGCUAGCAAAACAUCUGAGGUGAAGAUUCUUCUUCUAUUUUGCGUGAAUCCACUAUUCGUGAUAUUGAUGAAUGAGCACAUAAGACUAUUAUACUUGGUUAAUUUGUCCACAGUUUUAACUGAAGUAUUAGUUGAUUUAUUUUAAGUGAUAACAACACCUGCAGUAAUUUCUCCUCUUGGCCUAUCUCCCUUCAAUAAGCUAAUGCCAGUUUAUAAGCAUAUUACUUUAGUGCAGAAAUACUGCUGUACUCUGAGAUUUAACAAAAGCAAGCAAGCUGGUCAUGGUGCACCAAGCUUCAGAAGUAUGGAGUGUAGAUGAUCAUUUCCAGUAUAUCAUUUUCAUAUGUUCAUUUGUAAAUAUUUGUAAAUGUUAGCCAAAUAAUUAAAGGAUUUAAAUGAA